AUGUUGGCGCAGCGCAGGCUGCUCAGCAAGGCUGUCGCCCUCAUCCUGGCAGCGUGUGCUUGCCGCCUCGCCUCCCGUGGCGUUGCGGGAUCUGCUUUCGCACCCUCCGCGGCCACAUUGGCGGCACCCGCGCGGGCUGCAGCGGACCGCGCUGCCGCGGAACGCGACGCGGACGCAAUGAUGCUGGAGGAUGCGCUCCGCGGCGCGGAGGCGGCCGCUUCCUCCGCCUCACGUGGCAGCGCGGGCUCUACCUUCGCCUCCUCCGCGGCCAUGAUAACCGCAUCCGCAGCGGACCGCAGUGACACAGACGCUAGGAUGCUCGAGGACGUUCUCCGUAGCGCGGAGGCCGCCGCUUCCUCGGCCUCGCGUGGCGGUGCGGGCGCUGCCUUCGCUCCCUCGGCGGCCACACUGGCGGCACCCGCACGGGCUGUCGAUGACCGCAGUGACGCGGAGCGCGACGCGGACACCAUGGUGCUCGAGGAUGCGCUCCGUGGCGCGGAGGCGGCCGCCCGAGGUCGGAUGAUCUCCGACCUCGAGCCGCGGCUUCAGUCCGGAGGCCAAUUCGCGGAGGCGGUCCCAGAGACCGCGCUGAACCCGCCAUGGGCAACUUGCUACGUGGAGGCCCAGCUGACCACGAAGUCUGUCAUCGAGGAGUGGGUCAUGCGCGGCGAGAGAGAGGUGAUCGAGUCGUUCAGCGCAUGGCGCCGCUCAUCCGAGGGGGCUGGGAGCAUCAGGUGCGUGGACACCCCCACGGAGGACGCUCUGCAGUCCGAGUGCCUGGAGUGCGCGUUGACGUUUGAUGUAUCCGCGGAGGGCAUGUUGACGUUGACGACAGGACCUUCGGACUGCAUGGAAUCUGCAGCUCGCGGGCACGGCUUCUGCAAGAGUGGCGAGCUCUUGCUGGGCUGA